AAUGAAACUAUGAAUGAAAAACCCUGAGGGCUUUUUUCUUUUCUUUUCUUUUCUCUUUUUUUGUUAUUCCAGAAUUUUGAAACCCAAUUCCCGAUUUUUGCUGAGCGUAAGGGAUUCAAAACCUCAUUUCACCAUCACGUAGAUCCAAAAACAGCUAUGGACGAGUUCGAAUUUCAUCGGCUUCUUCAAUUAUUUCCCGUUGUUCGAUCUCGAGAUUAUCAUGCGGAGACAGAGUUAUCUAGACAGUCAACAUCCAAGUCACCCAAGAGUGAGAUAAAUGAACGGCAAGAGCCAUGGAAUGAAGAUGGAGAAAAACCAAAGGAUCAAGGAUCUGCCCUACAUCAUGCAUUCUGGACGAAGCUAAAGUUAGCUGCUGAGCAGAAGGUGGGAAAGGUUGAAGCAGAGAGAUUCUUUAACUCAUUUCAACAGAUACACAAUAAACUUGUUAACGAAGAACUAAGUUUGGAUGCUGCCCGGAGCUUUCUGGACUCAUUCAGUUGCAGUUCCACAGAGGAAUAGUAUGGCUUUCUGCUUCAUGGGUCUUGUAUUUGAUAUAUAAUCUUUGCCUUUAUUGACCACCUUUUGCAAGAAUCUGAUUCGAUUACCAAUUAAGAUUUGGAACAGAUAAGUUUUGUUUUGAGGGAAUUGCAGACACCGUCUUUCAGAUAAAUUGGGUUUUCCACUUGGCCUAAAUAUUAUAAAUAGAUUUGUAUUUUCACAUUUA